GUGAAAGGACAUCACAACCAUAUAUUGCGCGAUACCCUAGGCAUACCAGUUGCAGACCGCGACAGGAAUUCCAGUUGUCAGAUACCUUAUUACACGCCUCCUUGCCAUUCAAGUCUCAAGCAUCUUUUCCAAAAUUCUCAUCCUCAGAGAACCAAUGCAGCAAUUUAUGACUCUGAUCGUGGCUAUCCUGGCCGGUGGAGCCGUGGCCGAUUUGCACUACACAGGACUUUGCUACGACUCUCCAGGCCAGGACGUGAAAGUAUUCAACAAGGCCGCUACAGAGAAGGCCUGCACAUACUACAAGAACCGCAACACAGGCAGCAAGCAAUGGGAUCAAUGCCCCGACUGCACCCUGUUGAACGACCAGAGCCUGUUGUACUACUGCAAGUCCGAGGGCCAGCACAUUGGGGGCGAUGAAUUGUUCUAUUACUGUGGUCUCGCCGGAGCAGCCGGCAGUCUAGCCUGGUAG